UAUCACUGUACAUCAUCGUACAAAAGCAAUGCACAUAUUAUCGUAUCACUGUCGAUUCCUCUAACAAAAAUGUCGUCAAUUUCACCCCAAUCUCUCGGUUGCGUUCUAUACAUGUAGUCGGAGAUUAAUAGUAUAUUCUAAAAAGACUUGUGUGCAGUGUGCACUUAAGAUGGGAAUAUGAAUAGAAAAGAAUCAAAUUCGACAACAGCAGCAGCAGCUCGUCACCACAGCCUGACAACCUCGAUAAUCCUCGUGAUCGGUGCCUCCUUGUGCUUCGCUAACUCGUACAAUGGCGACUUUGUGUUCGACGACUCUGAGGCCAUCGUCAAGAACGAGGACGUCCGCGGCGCGACGCCGCUCAAUCAGCUGUUCGCCAACGACUUCUGGGGCACGAGUUUGUUGCACAAGCAGAGCCACAAGUCGUACAGACCGCUCACAGUGCUGUCCUUCAGACUGCAUUAUUGGCUGAAAGGGCACUUGGAUCCAGCUGAUUUCCAUGCCGUCAAUGUGGUGUUGCACAGCGUCGUCAGCGUCGUUACUUUGUUUGUGUUUGAAAUUCUCCUGGACUGGCAAGCGCCACAAGUGUCGUUCAAUGCAGCUAUGCUGUUUGCGGUUCAUCCUAUCCACGCUGAGGCUGUUUCUGGUAUUGUGGGCAGGGCGGAUAUUCUGUGCGGGUUGUUCAUGUGGUUGUCAGUUGUUUCUUACUACAAGUGUGUACAUUCCCAAUGUUUUAUUGUCAAGUGUGUCUGUAUGAUGUUGUCCGUCGUGAAUUGUGCCGUUGCAAUGUUUUGCAAAGAAACCGGAAUCGCUGUCCUAGGCAUUUGUGUCACCUAUGACUUGAUUGUAGCAAACAAAAUCCUACCUGCUGAUUUUUUACAAAUAAUAAGACUGAAAAACAUGAGUGAUGACGUUAAGAAAUUCUUACCUUCCAAAUCAUUUUUGAUUCGCAUGACAGUAUUAACACUAGCAGGGGUACUUCUGGUACUGCUGCGUCUUAGAAUUAUGGAGUUUUCCAAACCUGUGUUCAAACCUGUUGACAAUCCAGCAUCGUUUAUCGACAAUUCGCUUCUUAGGAUCAUAAAUUACCACUACAUUUACUGGUUGAACUUUUGGCUGCUGCUGUGCCCUGACUGGCUGUGCUUUGAUUGGUCCAUGGGCUGCGUACCAAUCAUUUACGGUCCUGAUCCAAGAAUCGUUUUUGUCUUACUAUUGUGGAUAGUCUUUGGUGCUUUGAUAAAAACUGUAUUUUCUGAUAAAAAUGACUUAUUGGCAAGGCAUGUCAGCAUUGCCCUGGCAUUACUUGUGAUACCAUUUUUACCAGCUAGCAAUGUAUUCUUCACAGUUGGCUUCGUCCUUGCGGAGAGAACGUUGUAUGUUCCUUCCGCCGGUUACUGCUUACUGAUAGCAAUAGGUUUUCAAAGAAUUUCGAAUAGUAUAGAUAAACCCAGAGCAAUGUCAGCAGCCUACUGUGCUUUGCUAUUCCUGAUGUCGAUUCGCUCUUGGAUCAGAAGUGAACAGUGGAAGACAGAGACAACCCUGUUUCAGUCUGGACUGAGCGUUUGUCCUUUGAACGCAAAAGUUCACUACAAUGUCGCCAAAAAUGCGGCUGACAGGGGCUUCGUGGAAAAUGCAAAGCUUAUGUACGAGGAAGCUAUAAGAUUGAAUCCCGAAUACGCUCAGGCAAUGAACAAUCUGGGCAAUCUGUACAAGAAUGAAAACAACUACGUCAAGGCUGAAAAACUGUUGAGACAAGCAGUCAAAAUUCAAAACGAUUUUUCCGCUGCAUGGAUGAACUUGGGUAUUGUACUGUCUGCUUCUAAUAGAUAUAAGGAAGCCGAAAAAUGUUACAUCACGGCGAUCACGCAUAGAUCUAAGUACCCCGACUGCUAUUAUAAUUUAGGACUCUUGUACUUGGAAAUUAAAAAUCACGACAAGGCAUUAAAAUCGUGGGAAAUCGCAAUAAAACAAAAACCAACUCAUCGCCAAGCGUGGACCAACAUGAUUAUUUUGCAUGAUAGUUUGGGUAAACACACUCAAGCCUUAAAAGUUGGAAGCCAAGCACUGAUGCAUGUGCCUCAUGAUUCUUCACUACAUUUCAAUGUGGGUAAUGUGCUGGGAAAACAAGGAAGUUUUCAGGAAGCAGAACAUCACUUUCAGACUGCAAUAUUUCUAGAUCCAACAAAUUAUGUGUAUUACACGAAUUUAGGUGUACUGUAUCACCGAUGGAAAAAAUUCGAUAAAGCUGAAAUCAUGUACAAAAAAUCCUUAGAACUUAAUCCAUCAUCCCUUAGCAUCAAGGAAAAUUUACAGAAAUUGAAAAAUUCUAAAUCGCAGCAGCAAUAAAUACACUUUAACAUGCGCGUUCAAUAAAUUAAAUGGAACCAUACAAACAAACAAUGGCAAUUACACAACCAGGUUUCGUCGCGGAAGACAAUUUUUUUAAGAUUUUUUUUUUCGUCCGUCGCUGCACCAAUUCGUUGUCAU